AUGGCGCUCAGGGCUCGAGGCUGCCGGCCUCCGCCGUCGCCGCUGCUGCUGCUCCUGCUCUGGGUGACGGGGCAGGCGGCGCCCGUGGCCGGCCUGGGCCUGGGCCCAGACGCGGAGCUGCAGAUCGAGCGGCGCUUCGUGCCCGACGAGUGCCCGCGCACCGUGCACAGCGGCGACUUCGUGCGCUACCACUACGUGGGCACCUUCCCCGACGGCCAGAAGUUCGACUCCAGCUAUGACAGAGACUCCACCUUCAACGUGUUUGUGGGCAAAGGACAGCUGAUUGCAGGCAUGGACCAAGCUCUGGUCGGGAUGUGUGUCAACGAGAGGCGUUUCGUGAAGAUCCCCCCGACGCUUGCCUAUGGAAAUGAUGGCGUGUCUGGUGUGAUUCCCCCAGAUUCGGUGCUUCAUUUUGAUGUACUUUUGAUGGAUAUUUGGAAUUCUGAAGACGAGGUUGAGAUUCACACUUACUUCAAGCCCCCCAGUUGUCCAAGAACAGCCCAGGUAUCUGAUUUUGUAAGAUAUCACUACAAUGGAACCUUCUUGGAUGGGACACUCUUUGAUUCUAGCCACAACCGCAUGAAAACUUAUGACACAUAUGUGGGGAUUGGCUGGCUGAUUCCUGGGAUGGACAAAGGACUGCUGGGCAUGUGUGUGGGAGAGAAGCGUAUCAUCACCAUCCCUCCUUUUCUGGCCUACGGGGAACACGGAGAUGACUGUUCCUCAUUAUGCACGUCGGCAGAAGUGUCACAGCGCGGCCCUUACGCUCUCUUCAUGAGAACACUCUCAAGCCCUGAUGGGCUGGGACCUCUUCAGGCGGUCUUCUGCUUCAUUUUCAGGUGGAAUUUAGGCAAAACGUAUAAUAUCGUUUUGGGGUCUGGACAAGUGGUGUUGGGAAUGGAUAUGGGUCUCCGACAGAUGUGCGUUGGAGAGAAACGAACGGUGAUCAUCCCGCCCCACCUGGGCUACGGGGAGGCUGGAGUAGAUGGAGAAGUGCCCGGCAGUGCGGUGCUGGUGUUUGACAUUGAGCUGCUGGAGCUGGUGGCGGGCCUGCCUGACGGGUACAUGUUCAUCUGGAACGACGAGGUGUCGCCCAACCUCUUUGAAGAAAUUGACAAGGACGGCAACGGAGAAGUCCUCCUCGAAGAGGUAAUUGGCCUGUGA